UUAAAAACAAAACUUUGACAUUUUUCAUAGUAUGACGUUAUUCAAUUUCGAUUCAAUACGCGAUACUUACGCGAAAUUAUAGAGAAAUUUUCUGGAAAUAGGAAAUAGUGUUUUUAUUUAUUGCCUUGGACAUAUUAAGAAAAUUACCAUUUAUUAAUACAGGUUCAAAAUGUUGAGGUUUCGGCCAAAGUUGGGAAGUGAGCGCAACAGUGAGUGGCGCUGCUGUUUCUGCCUCCAUGUCCGCACAGGAACCAUUCUUCUUGGAACAUGGCACUUGAUGCUGCACCUAGUCGCGCUUGGUUUCUUGGCGGCCGUGGUGCGCGACCCGCGGCUGCUGGACGAGCUGGAGAGUGACUCCAACCCUAUGCCCACGCCGCUGUCCAAUGUCGACAACCGCCCUGGCACCUACAUGCAGUCCCGGGAUCACAAUCACAGCAUUAUUUACCAUGAUCUGGAUGUCGGUGCACUGGUUACAGUGUGCACGCUCGCCAUUACGCUCAUGCUGAUCUACGGAGCGUCGCGCGGCAAGCCGGCCCACCUACUGCCUUUCUUCUGCCUGCAGAUAUUCGACUUCGCCAUCACUGUGUUGACGGCGACCGGGUACCUGUACUACCUGCGCUCGAUCCACCGGCUGGUCGCGGAGACGAAGCGCGUGCCGUGGCGCGAGCAGCUCCUCGCGCUGCCGGCGCCCGCGCUCGCGCUGGUGGUGCUGUCCGUGUUCCUGCUGGCCGUGCUGCUGAAGGGUUACUGCAUCAGCAUGGUGUGGCGUUGCUACAAGUACCUCACGAUGCGCGCUCACGCGCUCCACAGCCUCACCCCCUUCGUGAUCUCAGGGGAAACCCUCGCAGCCCCGCCGUACACCGCGCCCCCGCCGCAGCCUGACUACUCCAGCCUGCUGCCCGAUUACGAGGAGGCGGUGAAACAGACCCCGCCGCCUUCAUACCGCGCCGCUACGCUUAUGGCCCACGCUGAUCCCGCUGUAACCACGGAGAGAGUAGCCGCUCCUCCAUACACCGCGCCCCCGCCGCAGCCUGACUACUCCAGCCUGCUGCCUGACUACGAGGAGACGGUGAAACAGACUCCGCUGCCUUUAUACCGCGCCGCUACGCUCAUGGCCCACGCUGACCCCGCUUUAACUACGCCGCCGCCGCCGCCGCCGCCGGGGGGCUCGGGGGGCUCGGGGGGCUCGGGGGGCGCGGGGGGCGCGGCCGACUCGGUGGUGAUGCUGCCGCAGCAGGGCGCACAGGCCCGCGUUUGAAUCUCACCGUCGCCGCUCUUGAGACUCGAGGCUCCUAUAUACUUUUAGUACAUGCUCGUUUUCCAGGUACCUUUUUUCUGUAGCCCUAAAUUAACGUUUUUAGUUUUUGUUUAUUCGAAUAUGUCGUAUCUCAAACAUGUAUUUAUCCUAAGGCAUCGUUUUAAAAAUGCUCUUCAAACAUAUGCUUAAAUCAAUAUUAAUUCGGAAUUGUAUGAGAUUAAAGUCAGUCUAAGCUAACUGCACCGACGUGAACAGACUAAGCGAGGCAGUAAACGUUAUUUUUCAUAUGAAUUGAUAUUAAUGAUGACAUUUUGACACGUUUUCAUUGACCUGGGUCAAAAUUCUUUAUGUUGUCUUGUUUCGGACCACUCUAUCACGUUUGUAUUGGUGGCUUCUUAGGUCGAGUGCUAUUGCAUAUCUUUAUAGCUGAAGAUUAUAUUUUACUUGAGAUAAAUUAAAAACUAAAAAUCACCUAUAUUAAAAGCUACACUCCGUCACAUUAUUUGGUGACAAAAAACAAGACAACGAAAAUAAUUUUGACCCACCUAUGCCAUAUGCCAUGCAGAGUCCGGUAGCUGUGGCAACUUUAGAGGUUUUCUGCAGAAUAUUAAUUUACGAUAUUAAUAUAUAUAUAUAUAUAAAGCUGAACCAGUAAUAUAUGAUCAUGCGCCAUAUUGCGGAAUUUCCUUGGAACUAAAUUUUUCAUCCUAAACUGAACUGUCAGACUGUCACCCUAUACAUGAGAAUAACAGCGCCCUCAAUGAUCAUAUAUUUCUGGUUGGGCUUUAAUUAACUAUUAAACAACUGUAAUUAACAAUUUAUACUAUCUAUUUACCAAUAAAAAAAUAUCAGGGGACAUUGGAAUAGAACAAGUAAAAACUACCAAAGUGAAGUCUCAAGAGCUGAUUCAAUACAGUAUACUAUAAAGUAUUUACCCAAUCGGGCUACAAGGGAAAACAAGUGCUUGUUUUAUUUAUGUGACUAUUGUAUACCUUAUGACGGGCACAUAAGGUGCAGUAUUGUGUGUACAAUUUAAUUAAUAACUGUCUAUUUUCCCUUCAUGCUUAUAUGAGCCAUCGCACACGAUUCCUUUUUGACGCGGUACAGCUGCGAUACCAUAGCGCUACAACCAAAACCAAUAUCUUCUACUCUCUCUCUCUCUCUCUCUCUCUCUCUCUCUCUCUCUCUCUCUCUCUCUCUCUCGCUCACGCACGAUGCUGUAUCGGUACAAAGAAUGACGUAUACAAUGGCUCUAAAUUAUGUUUUAUUUCAUAAGCUGACUUCAUCGAUGGUACGCGAUAACUGCACUUAAAAUAUCACUAAUGUGAUAAUAUAAAAUUACUAAAAAGCACCUUGGUGCGUAGCCAACAUACCAAUCGAUCCGUAGCGAACGAAACGCAACUGUCAGUGUCGCACUAAUAUGGAAGUGUGAUAGAGAGAGAUGGCUACGCUACGGAGCGUUAACGAUUGGCAUGUUGGCUAAGCACCCUGGUCACAGGCGCUAACUCGCCAUAAAAUAAUCCUAACGAAAUGUUAAAUAAAAAUGGUUUUUCAAUUAAUUCAAAACGCUAAAGGACAAAAUUGUACUAAAACAGACUUAUUAAAAAAAUAUGAUUGGUCGUCACUAAAUACACGAUGAAUUUUAAUCGGUGAUCAGGAAUCAGUUUUUUUAAUUAACUAUCGAAAAAAAAAUUUACUCUCAGAAUAUAUCAACAUCGGACCAGCCGAAAUAUAUGAGACAACCAAUUGUUUUGUGAUUUCGGAGUUGGUAUCAUAGUUAAAUAGGAUCGCCAUCGAUAUCGAUGACCGAAUUAGAAAAAUUGGUUCCUGAUCGCCGGUUAAAUUUCAUGAUGUAUAUUUCUUAAUGGACAGGUAGGAAUAGCUACUAAACUUUUUUUCGAUGUUCUCAGUUUAUAAGUCUGCUUUUCCUUCUUAACUUAUAUUUUAAACUAAUAUAAACUAUUAUGAUAUAAAUAAAAUAUCUAGAAUCUGGGGUUGAAAGUUUUAUUUUUAUUGUGGAUUUACAAAAUGCUUAAUUUAUCUUAUUAUCAAAUAUUUGGUUGCUCCACGGAAAGCAUUGUGAUUCUCGUGUCUAUGUGUAUAAAGGCUUCAUUUCUUUGCAACGAAUAGUCAUAAAAUCUAUAAAUAUAUAGGUUGGGCAAAUAAGAAGUAUACAUUUUGUUUUUAAAUUUUAACUAUAUUAAGUUAAAAGAUUAUUAAGUAUUGCUUUAAAAAUAUAUUAUUCAGGGUUGGCAAAUACAUGCGUAACAUAAAUGUCUGACAUAUGUUCACCCACCAACAGCAGGCCCUUUUUAUCGCAAUUCAGCGUUAUUUUGGUAAAUUUGUGUCAGGUAGUCGGUUUUAACUGUUAAAAUUUAUUAGCUUGUUAGCAUAGUCUCAUAAUUUUAAAUAGCCUUACAGAAAUAAGUCAGGAGCUGCAAAAUUUGGGAAAUUCGGGUGCCAAUCACAGUCACUUUCUCUAAAUUAAUCGAGCAAACAACGUUUUUUAAACAACACAAACAUUGAGAAAAAAAUGCUUGCUGCUAGAGGUAGACAUUUGGCAGAAAUUAUCUUCAGUACUUAUACAAUUGCCAACUCUGAACAAUAUAUGAAUGAAAAAAUAUGUUAUAAAUUUUGCAUUUAAUAUAAUUAAAAUUUAAAAACAAAGAGUAUCACUGUUAUAGUCCACCCUGUAUAUAAUGAUAUGCUUACCUAACUGCGCGAAAGUUCUUUAUUAUAUUCUCUCUUAACUUGGCAUAAUAAAUCCUAAUAAAAUAAUACAAAUACUUUUUGGCAUUUGUCGAAAUUGCACUGUCGAGAAAUAUAUAUUUCAAAUUAAACUAGUGCCAUUCCAUUGUGUUUUAAAAUUUUAUUUUUGUAUUGAACCUCAUUUUAGAUGUAUAUUCACUUAGAUGUCAUGUCUAAAUAAUAUAAUAAUAAAAACGUAGUUUAAGCUAAAAAACUAAAAAAAUGACUUACAAUAUUGUUAUAAUGGCUAGAAUUUCUGAGUCAGUGCAAGAAAGCCACGAUAGCUCUCCGAACGCAUUUCCUCUCUCACAUUCCUCUAUUGUCAUAUGUAUUGGCGUUAAAGGACAGGUAAUUGUUGUCAAUUACUACCUACGGCCAUCGAUAUAUAAUAAGCUCGAGAAUGUGGCUAAUAUUGAAACAGUACAUUAAGUACUUUAUUAUCUGAUGCCGAGAAAGCAGACCUAGUAGUACUAACUGAAUGACUAUGCAGCGCCAGAAUUAGACGAUUGUAAAUGUUAUGUCCAGUAAAUUCCAAUCCCAUACUUAAGUAGUUGCCGAAACAUAAGGCAAUUUGGACAAUAUUUUUGGAGUUGCACUUCUUGACUUAUUAUACAUUUAUGCCAACGGCAAAACACCGUCCAUAUUCAUUAUCACUGUUGCAAUGGGCUCCAACUAUAACAGCCAAAUAUAAAUGUAAUUUAAAUGUAUAGAUGUGCUAUGUCGAUGUUCCUAAGUAGGUUCAUAGACUCGGUAGCGCUCAUGUAGUUGUGGUAAAAUUAAUAGUAAUAAACUGUAAGGGUUAUUCCCAGUUGCCACUGCCAUAUUCGUACGUCAAAUUUUUACUGACCUACUCAACCUACUGGAUAGCAUUUCUGGAUAAGUUUCACUUUUGUGUUCGUAGUUAAGUUUUGUCUCUGACCGGGGCCCGUUGCACUAAAGCGUGUAACUUAAAAAAAGCGAAAUUAUAAUUUUAAUUGUAUUCGUUAGAAAGGGAUUCCCGCUUGUUUUACAAGUCACAAGCUUGUGUGAAACGGGACCCUUGUUAUUAAAGAUAAUUAAAUAUUAAUGCGUGAGGUUUAAAACUGGCAGAGGGUGGUAACUACUGAGAAUAACCCAACUGUCUUAGUCAUUACCUAACUAUUUACCAAGUCCCAGUGUCGUGCCUUAUGUCGUUGUUACAAAUAGCUUGGCACCGACCUAUUGUGUUAUCAUUUGUAGGUAAAAUGAGUUCUAUGGAGAAGGUGCCGCACACGGGGCAGAGCUUCUGGCCUAUCAUGCAGGUAAAGGUAAGUAAAACUACCCCGUAAAUAAGUCAAGGGUAAUGGUAAAGGCAUUUGGACCAUGGUUAAGCUUUUCUUAGCAGACUAGGUGAGAAAGUGUACCAGGCGCCGAACCUGCCCCGUGGGGGGCACUUGCCCCGGCCGACCAUACUAUUACUAUCCUUGCUGUAAUUGUCAUAUAAGGAGUAGAUACUGGGCAAUUUUGAUUGCUUUGAAACACUGGUUUGCUGAUUUACGUAGACUACCUAUGGUAAGGUAUCGUAAGUAGUUUCGCAAUGGCCUAAAGUGUACAAAAGAACGAAAUCCUAUUAAGUAUUAUUCUUUGCCGUGUGUACUUAUUUUUAUAUUUUCCUAGGACCAUCAACUAUUUAAAAAUAUUACUAACCCUAAUAAGAUAUGAAUUUCAAAUGUGUCGCAAGGAAUUUAUUUUUUUGUAGGUCUAAAAAUUAAAAAAAAAACCUUAUGGCUUGUAAAUUAUUUAGUUUGUGAUGAAGUAUGUAUAACAUAAAGACUAUGUACCUAUCUUAAAACUUCUAAAAUGUGUAAAGUUACUAAGUAAAUUGGUGUGCGAUGCUAUGUACUAAAUUAUUCAUGGUAUGUAACUGUAAAAUAUGUAAGUCUUAAAUAAAUACACGUAAAAUGCCA